AUGAGUGGAGCGUCUGACAGUGGCGCGACAGCAGUGACGCGUAACAAAGACGGAAUACCAUGCUGGAGCGGGGAAGCAGGGUCUUUCGUGGAGUACGAGGAGGCCGCCCUCCUGUGGGAGCAGUCUUUGACAUGGGAGAAGCGGUACACUGCUGGGCCGAGGCUAGUUCAGGAACUGUCUGGAGCGGCUCGCCGCUUUGUGGCAGGCCAGAGCGCAGGAUGGGUCGCCUACAGAGGCGGCGUGAAGGCGCUCAUGGACCACCUUCGCAAGGCACUGGGAAAGCCCCGCGUCAACGAGGUGACCGAUCUCCUGGCGUUGUACUUCAAGGGCACAAAGCGCAAGGCGAAUGAGAGUAUGAAUGAAUACAUCACCAGGAAGACGGAAGCCUACAUGCGGGCGAGUCAGGCUUUGAAGCGGGUCCAGCCACACUAUGACCGGGACACGACGACUACCCAGACCAGUGUGGGCACGUACAGCAGGCGAAGCAGCUACGAUACUAUGAGUGGAUGGGGCCGGCAGUGGACACCGGCCACCGAGGAGCCGGGCACCAAUGAGACUGAGGCCUCCACCGAGGCCACCGCCAACUCGGAGACCGGAGACACCGGAGAUGAUCAGUGGCAGACAAGGUGGAACACCUGGGGCGCCUCAUCGUGGGGAUGGUCACCCUGGGGCUGGUACCUCCUCGCGGACUCCAACCUCGACCACGCCGAGAAGAACAUUGUCCUCACCGCCUUGGGCGGGGACUUUGCGCCGCAAAAGGUGGCUCAGGAGCUCCGCAACCAAUUUCCUGAAGGGGAAGUUCGUCGCCGUGAUCAACGGCGAUACCAGAGCUACAUCGGCGAGGCCGUCGAGGAGCUGAGCGAGGGCGGCAUGAAUGAAGAGGGCAUCGCCUUGGUCGUGGACCACGAGGAGACUGCGAGGGAGGCUAUGGCAGCCCUCCACCAAGCAAAGCGGACAUUGAAGGAAGCUCGCCAGAAACAGCACCCCGUGAAGCAAAGUCGCAAGUACUACCAAAGCAAGCCUGGCCCUGCGACCUCUUCUACCUUCAAGCCACGAGACGAUUCGAACAUAGACUGCCUUCGAUGUGGACAACGAGGACACAGGGCAGCCAAUUGCCCCGUGAAACCAUUGGCCGCCCAGGCGGAGAACACCACCGGUGACAAUGGGGGCCCAGGACCCCAGCAGGCGCCCUUCGUGUGCUACCACGACAAGAUCCCCGAGGACUACGAGCACGCAGCAUUGAGCAUCAUGGGUGCUGGUGCUGGCCUCACUACUCAGGAGGCAGUGAGCCAAGGACUGUGUGUCGUUGAUGGCGGAGCGACACAAACAGUCGGCAGCGUGGCAGCAGUGGAGGCGAUCUUGGCGAUGAAUAAGAAGAAGCAUGGCAGCAAUCGCCUGACGGCAGUGAGCACCUCAGAUCCUCCAACUUUUUCAUUUGGAAAUUCGACAGAAAACAAAUGCCUCAGCACAGCUUCCUUGAAGGUAUCGGCCGGAGGAAAUCCCGGCGAGCUGAGGAUCCACACGUUAGACCAUGGGCAAAGCCCAGUUUUGCUGAGUGUGGAGGCGCUCCGGAAUUUAGGAGCCAUCAUAGAUUUCAAGGCCGACCUCCCAAUCUUUCGUGCUGCCAUGGACAAAUUGACCAAGCCGGAGCUGAUUCUCCACCUCCGUGCCCUGGGCGAGACACCGCCCGAGGAGUGGACUCGUCUAGAACUUCGUCAGCGUCUGUCGGACCUAGCGGAUCAAGGCGAGGUGGCCAUCGAGACCUCCAAGACGAUGAAGACUCCGUUGCAGAACGCGGUGGCCGAGCUCAACCGCGCCAGCAGUCGCAAGGCAACGCUGGUGAACUACGUGCAAGAGACCUACGGCAUGAAGGUGGGAACCAACGACACCAUUGCUAUCAUCCAAAAGAAUUGCAUGUCGCACAUGAUCCGCACCAUCGAGGGGCACGACAACGAUCGCAUGGGGUUUGGGAAACACUCCCAGAAGACCUACCUCGAGGUUUUGGAGACCGACGAGAACUAUUGUCAGUGGGCCAAGCAGACGGCUACCGAGACCGGCUGCUCGAUCUACCUCCAGCGGUUCGUGACGUGGAUGAACAAUCGGGCAACUACGGAGGUCAAGAAGAAGUUGGUCAUCGCCAAGAAGAAGACUUCGAAGAUGGGCGAGGGCUAUCCCGAGAUCACGCCCAAGGCCAAGGCGAUCACUCCAAAACAUCAACCUUCCACGACGGCGAGUGCGAGCUCUACGGAUGUUGCGGUGGCUCAGUUGGCCCAGAUGGUGGCGACACUGACCGAAGAGGUGAAGUCGCUCAAGGAGGGCCAGCCCGAGAAGCCCCGCAAGGUGACGGUGCGCGAUCAGGACAUGCCGAACCAGGACAGGAGUUGA